AGCAAGACGAGAUACCAAAGUGAAACAGGAAACACACCAAAACAAGACAAGGAAACAGACAGACCAUGACAAACCCAACCUCAACACACGACCCUAACCCUAGCCAAGCCCGAGCAUACGUGAUCUUAUUGGAUGAUGGAUCGGUCGCUGCCUGAAAAGUUGAACAUUUUUCAACUUUCUUGACGGAGCCGACGGAUCCAACGGAACGGAGGGAUCCACAAUGCAUUGCGUCUCCGCCCCAUUCAAAGUCAAUGGGAUCCUUCCGUUGACGGAUGAGGUGGGCAAGAGGGGUAACCCUAACACAAGGCCCUAACCCUAACACCCUAACACACAGCAGGGUCAUAGUUUAAACUUCAUAAUUCGAACUUCAUGCAGCAGAGCACAACUUUGAGCAAACAACGUCCAGGCCUCAUCAUCCACAGGCCAAUGCCCACAGGAACAGGAGACACGUCCAGGCAGUGCCAGAGUCUGCCUGUCCCCUCCUGUCUCUACUGGUGCCACUCCAGAGCCCACAGCCCCACGUAACCCAAGGUUCACUCCAGAGGGUUAACCCAGAUCAGCAGUAGGGCUGUACAUCUCUGUAGAGACUAGCUUUAGCAUAAAAUAGACAGUCACAAUCUGGGCAGGAUAUUGCUUCAACUCCACAGGUAACACCCACCUCUACACUUCCACACUUGAUCACAUGAUCGCAAAUCUACUAACUGCAUCCAUACACAAAAUGAAAUGUGAUAACCUGCAAGUUUUUGUCUUCUUUAGAGAAUUGUUUGAGAAUGCAAUAACACAUUAUAGAAUAUGGUUCUGUAGCAGUAUUUUUUAAAUACCAGCAUCAGGAAUUUAAAACAAAUAUAUUGACUUAUUGUUUACAUUUUAGUUUGGAUGGAGAACUUAACCAAGCUUACACCUCUGAAGCAGCCAAUUGUGUUUGAGCUAGAGAGCUUUGAGGUGCCCCCAGACCAGGCUCCUGUGCUCCUCUUCCUGGCUCUUUUCAACUACAUGGUGGUGCUUCUGGCCAACGGGCUGGUGAUGAGCAUCAUCGUGGCAGACAGGGCCCUGCACAGACCCAUGAAUGUGUUAAUCUGUAACCUGGCAGCCUGCGACCUGCUUGGAGGCACUGCUGUGCUCAUACGGCUCAUAAUGUACCUCGCCACCGGGCAGAAGAGGAUUGCGUAUGGCGAGGCCAUUGCCCAGGCCUUCGCGGUACACACCUACGGAGCUGCUGUUCAGACCAUUUUGGCCACUAUGGCUUAUGACAGGUAUCUAGCAGUGUGUGAGCCACUGAGGUACCAUGCCCUCAUGACACCGGCUAGGCUACUCUUCUCUUGGGUCCUGGCCUGGGUGGUGGCUCUGCUCUGUAUUGGUGUGCUCUUUGCCUUGAAUGUGGGAACCCCCUUGUGUGGUACCGUCAUCAAGCACGUCUAUUGCAGCAACCGCUCAAUUCUGUACCUGGCCUGUGAACCGACGCCAAUAAAUAACAUCUAUGGUUUGAUCAUGUCUUGGUCUUUAAGUACAGGAUGCUUCCUUGUCAUCGCUUUCUCUUACAUCAAGAUUCUGCAUGCCUGCAUAAAAAACAGCAAUGAUGGCACCAUGCGGAGGAAAGCUUUCCAGACCUGUGCUUCUCAUCUUGUAAUUUAUUUGAUCUAUCAAAUUGGCUCUACAAUCAUUAUUCUGUCCCAAAGGUUCACCUCAGCAUCUCCAAAUCUUAAGAAAUUCUUCAGCAUACUAAUUAUUAUUAUCCCACCUGCUGUGAACCCUGUUAUCUACGGCCUUGUUACGAAGGAGUUACGUACCAGCCUACUGAAACUGGUUAAAACUAAAGUCCAAUCCAGGACCCUGUUCAGUACAUCAUAAUUCAUAAAAUAAAUAAUGCAUUCACCAUAUUUGUAAGGACAACAAUUUAUUCAUGCUGAAUAUAAUAUCAGAAACAUUGUGGCAAAUGUGGGAAGAAUGUAUAUUUAUGUAUACUUAUAAGUAAAAUCAAUCAGGUAGUACAAGUUAUGCUAUAGCAAUAUUUAUCUAUGUAAGUCAUGUAAGUCAUAAUAUUUACUGGUGAUUUAAAAAAAUUUAUAAUUCUUAAUGCCCUGUAUCUUAUGGUGCAUUCCAGGCCACCCGUAACACAUGUUUUCGCAACCUUCUAGCCGUGAAAGUGCCCUGGAAUGGCAGUCAAAACCGCAACUCACUGCCCGUAAACUCAUACAAAAUCGAUGUAGGCCUACUCCCAGUUCCAGCUCAUAACUUACGGGCUAAAAAGUGUCCCUUAAACGCAUCAUUACUCCCAAGUCAUUCUGUUCCCCUGUUGUGUUUGCAUAACUUCCUGUAGGUCUGGGACCCACAUGUUGAUAAUUUAAGUAAUUUUUAAAAAAUCUUUUUUCAUAUGUACUAACACUUCAAAAAACGUUAAAGCGGGAUUCAUUUGCAUGAUUAUCUUGUACAACAAAAUGCCUAAAUAAAAUAAACCUUUGGAAUGGAUUUCUUGGCAAAGCAAAGCAACCAUAAACUUCCGGUUUGCCCCACAGAAACACGUCGGCCUAGUCUGUCCCACAGAAUAAGAAAUGUCCAACGCGGGUCACUGGACAAUCGAACAGUGGAAUUCAUGUUCCUGAUUAUCCUAUUGAAAAAAUAUGGAUUCAGAAAAUUAACCAUCCAAAUAGAUUUUUCGGUUGAAAAAAGGCAAAACGUUGCUUCACAAAA